CCAGCACCGCUGCCUGUGCCCUCAUGCAUGGAGUCUGUGGUUGUCGGUUGGGUGUUGUGAUGAUGUUGAAUCGAGAUUGCGCGGCGAAUGGACGGAACUGAAAGCACAGACGUCCUAAUGGAGACCGUAGAGCAACUGGUGUCUUUCCAGCUCAUGCAUGUGCAGCUGAACGGAGGCGCUCCGUGGGGAUUCACUCUGAAAGGCGGACUGGAGCACGGGGAGCCGCUCAUCAUUACCAAAAUUGAGGAGGGUGGAAAGGCAGCUAAGUGUAAGAAAUUGAGAGUUGGAGACGAACUGGUCAAUAUUAACGGCUCUGCUCUCUACGGUUCUCGUCAAGAAGCCCUCAUCCUCAUAAAAGGCUCCUACAGGGUUCUCAAAAUCAUCAUCCGAAGACGCAGUGUGCCACUGAUCCGUCCUCACUCUUGGCACCUGGCAAAGCUGUCAGAGGCUCCCUGCACUACAGGCACUGCUGACGCCUCAGAUGGGCCCCCGGCUAUGCAGCUCCACUUCACACCUUUCAGUGUACCUUGGCAAUCUGGGGGUGACAACAGUGAGCUGUCCAUGCAGUGGGGCCAUAUCUCCAGGCACUACAGCAUAGACCGCAGCAGCUCAAUAGGGAGUAUGGAAAGUCUGGAGUAUCCUCCCAACCAGAGUUACUAUGACAGUCAGCUCUCUCCCAUUGAUCCUGUCAUCUUCAACAACAAACGUGACUCCGCCUACAGCUCCUUCUCUGCCAGCUCAAACACAUCAGAUUAUACUGUCUCCGUGAAGCCUGAAGAAACCAACUCCACUGACAACCUCCUCCAGGGUUUGGGUUCUUCUUGCAGGUAUCCAGAAGGAGGUCAACAUUCUGUCUCAAGUGGCCAUGGAGGGCUGCAGGAAGAGUCUGAAAGCCUUAAAUCAAAGAUGCUGUCUCACAUACCCAAGGCUAAAGUUCAUCCAUCUUCCUACAGUUGUGAGGAGGAGCAGUGUGCUCCACCGCAGCCACCCAUGAGGAAGGACAGUUUCAGGGCUACUAGAGGCCAACCAGUAAUCACAGAUAAACACAGUGUGUCUGCUCCUGUAGGCAUUCCAAGUCUAACCAACUGCAUAGUUGAAGAUCAACCUCCAAUCCAGGAAGUGUUGACUGGCAAUGUUUAUCUGAAUGGAAUGCAAGACAAUGAGCAAGAAAUUAAAGGGAACAAUAUUGAGCCUUAUUAUACCCUUAACCUUCAGAAAGAAUCAAGUAGAGAGAGCAAGGCAAGAGAAGGUGAGAAAAACCAUUCAAAAUCUGUAGAGUGGUCUCCACCUCCUCUGAGUUCCUUUUUAGAAAGGAAUAGGGAUGAGCACUUUGGUACCCAGCAACAACCUGGAUGUAAUCUUCAAUUAGUAAUGCACCAGCACAGUGACCCUGAGAAACUUUUAGCUUCUAAGCUGCAUAUGAUGGAUUUUUCCAGUGACAAAAGUGAUCACUCUGCAUCUCCCACAUGCCAGUGGUCACAGUCUCCACUCUAUAUGCGUGAGGCCAGCCCAGAAAUGGCCCAGGGAAAAUGGGGAGCAAGCAGGUGUUCCACACCUGGUUCAUUGUCAACUUCAGAACUUGAGGAUCCUGGGUUAGAGGAAGAAAAACUUGUAUCUGGACAAAAUCUGUGGGGGCAGUCUGUCAAUGUGCUUGGAAACCCUGUGGGGAUCCCUGGGCAUGUAUCCAUCACCAACUCUCAGACACUUAAGCAGAACUUUGGGCCUGUAAGUGCUAAUAAUUGUUUGGACACUAAUAUCAAUGAGAAUGCAGGAGAAAUGAACGUGGAUGAUGUCACAAAGCAGUCACAUAAGCGGCAAUUCCGCAGCUCUAAGUCACGUCGUAGAAGUGAGCGCUUUGCCACCAAUUUACGAAAUGAAAUCCAGAAGAAGAAGGCCCAGCUUCAGAAGAGUAAAAGCCCAAGUGGUCUGCCCUGUGGUGAGGAAACAGUGGAGGAGGAACAGGUUGGAGAUCUUAACAUGGAGCCAGUUUCCAACCCAGACAACCAUCAACACAGAGCCCAAACCCUCACAAGUCUUCUUACUAACCCUCCAACUGCCUCUAAACAGGCACCUCAACAAGUUCCAGCACAUGAUAUCACACAAGCUGAAGAACAUUCCAGAACCAGGAUUAUGGGCUGCCAGACUUCUCAAACCCAGCCCCAGAUCUCUCAGCCUCCUCAGCAUAGCAGACCAGUGUGUGUACAUGUUGUGGAAGAGAUAGCACCUGCAGACAAACCAUGCCGAUGGUGCUGGACACCAGAACACAACCUUCAACUAGAAACAGAGCACACUGAGAGUAAGAAGAAUGAGACAACAGGACCAAUAUGGCCUGGAAAAACAGGGACGACAAGAGGGAGAACAAGUUCCUCUAGUGGUCGGUUAGGUCGAUCAGAUGAGUGCGACAUCCCUCCCUUUGCAGACCGCAGGAGGUUUUUUGAGGAAACUAGCAGGAAGUUGAGUCAGUCUGUAACAAAUUUAUCAAACCUGACAAGCAGAAAUCAGAGACCAGACAAGCAGAGUAGACAAAACAAUCCAUCCUCUCCUGAACCACUUGAGUCAGCCACCAACCUGGGCCGGAGAAGGUUCUCUUAUCAGGGUGUGGUGCAAGAUGGGCCCUAUGUCAACUCACUGGACACUAGGGGACAUUUUAUGAGUACCCAGCAUGACCAAGAAAAAGUGAGGGAAAGGCUGAUAGAGAGAGAGUGGGAGAAAGAACAAGAGAGGGAGAGAGAAAUAGAGCAAGAGAGAAUUAAAGAGCUAGAGAGACUUCAAGAACAAGAGAGGCAGAAAGAAUGGGAGAAGGAACGAGAGAGGGAGCAGGAAAGAUUAAAGGAGGAGAAACAAAAAGAGCAACAAAGGGUGAAAGAUUGGGAGGAGAGACAGAGACUGCUAAAGAGAGAAAAACAAUGGGAGUCAGUGAGAGAAACCAUUCUCUCAGAACACAAUAUUAGCAGUAACACGGUUCCUCACUCUUUGUCUCAUGAUGCCUAUCAGAAGCAGCCUCCCAGUCCUCAGGUUCCUUCCUCUCUCCAGUCCUCUGAGCAUUACUGUAGCAACACUUCCAUCAAUGUCCAAAAGCCUUGCUCAGCAUUCCACCCAGUGACUGGCCAGCACAACCAGUAUGAUGGCUUCCACGUAAAUCCACCGUACAAUGCCAGGAGUUAUACCCCAACAGAGGCCCAUCCUGCACAGGAGAGGGAACAAACAAAGAUAAAUAGGAAGUUCAGCCUGGCGGAGAGGGACUAUUCUAGGUGUGGGAGAGACUCCAGAAUAGGAGAGGGUGCUGGUGUUCCUGGCUUUGUUGCUCAAUACAGCAACAGUUCUGCAGGUACCAGCACUGAGGAGUAUCCAGGUCUAAGGUGUUUCUCACCCGUUAGAAACUGUGCCAUGUCAGAGAAUGACAUUCGUGUGGAGACACAGGAUCAUCAUAAUCACAUUUCUAAUACCAACAUGAGCAGAAUGCGUGCAUCCACUCUCAGUGAGCUGGAUGAGAAUGGAGUAUGUAUAGGUGAGGUGAAGAAGAAAAAAGGGCCUCCACCUCCUCGUCCACCACCCCCAAAAUGGGAGCAGUUCCACAAGAGGCGGGCAUCCCACCACAACCUCUUCUCCUCUCCUCCAGUAUUUUCCUUGCCCUCUUCCUCUCCACCUAGGCCACAGCAGUGUAUGUCCCGCCCCCUCAGUGUGCCUGAAAUGACGCGUCAGCGCUCAUAUAGUCUUCCUCUGAAGGAGGUCCCAGAGAGCCAUCACUGCUGCUGCCAGGACUACUCAGCAGCAUCUCCCAGCCCUGCCUUCAUGUGCCAGGCUUUUAAACCUGUAGCCCUGGCUCCAAGAGAGAGGGACAUAGCCCCUCAGUGUUAUGGCAUGAGAAGAGAGUUUGAUCAACCUUUGCCGCGGCCUGAACCAUGCAUGAGAGUACCUGUCCAUAAUGCCACAGUGUUAGAACAAGAGCCUAAAGCCACAACUGUAAAGGCCAACGUUCAUGAGCAUAGAGUGGAGUGGGAUAUGUCCAGUCCUCACCACUCUGUUGUACAGAGCACUUCUAGGUCUGUGGAAGUCCCAGAGAACAGCUUGUCAGCUGGGCCUGUGUGUCCUGAAUCCUACUUCUCUGUGAACUACUACCACUUGCAGCCCCAGCAAGCAGGCUUCCCUGGCACAACCCAUAAAAACCUGAUUAUUUCCUCUCACAAUCCAGGCAGUGGUGAAGAUGGAAACAUGCCCCUGGAGACAGACAUUGAUGAGAUCUGUGAGAACGAGCAAGCAGGAGAGGUAGAGGCGAGGGAAGCAGAGGACAGAAUGGAGAUGCAUGCUUUUGCAAGACCAAUUAUGGUGCUGGAAACAGACAUUGACAUUAUGCCUGAGGAAGAGGCUCCAUCAGCAAGAGUUAUUAGAGGGCAGAGGGGUUCACUGGUGGACUUCAUUCUAGAUGAAGAUUAUGGGAUAACUAGGAAGGAGCUGAUGGGAGAGUUAUUUCCCCAAUGUGCAGAAACUGAGAUGGGUGGAGAGAGCUGGAGAGGGGGCUACCCCAUUAGCGGAGACAAUCUCGAAAGGCCCUCUAAACAGGCAACAUCCACAGCUCAAGUCUCAUGGUCAACCUGCUAUGACACAUCAGCUGACGACUCCCAACUUCUCGCCAAGAUCAGGGAGAUCUCAGAGAGGAAAGAGGAGGAAGAACUUAAUUAUAAGAAGCAGCUGAUGGAGAGCCUUCGUAAAAAGCUGGGUGUCCUGCGUGAGGCACAGAGAUGUCUGCAAGAGGAUAUUCGGUCCAAUGCCCAACUGGGAGAGGAGGUGGAGAGUCUGGUGCUCGCUAUUUGCAAGCCCAACGAGGUGGACAAGUAUCGUAUGUUCAUUGGCGACUUGGACAAGGUGACCAAUCUGCUGCUCUCACUUUCUGGAAGGCUAAUUCGGGUGGAAAGUGCCUUGGACUGUGUUGACCCAGAGACCGGCCAUCGCGAGAGGCUACAAUUGCUGGAAAAGAAAAAGCAGCUGCUGAUGCAGAUGGGAGAAGCUCAGGAGCUCAAAGAACAUGUGGACCGGCGUGAGCAGGCUGUUGGCGUGGUGUUAAGUCGAUGCCUAACCCCAGAACAGAUGCGUGACUACGGUCACUUUGUGAAGAUGAAAGCAGCUCUUCUGGUAGAACAGAGGCAACUGGAUGACAAGAUCAGACUUGGGGAGGAACAGCUCAGGGGACUUCGAGAAAGCCUUGGCUUAGAGCUGGGGGUCGGUCUAGGGUUUGGGCAUUACUGAGAAGUGGUUUGAAGUACAAGUGUUAUUUUAAGAAGACUGUGUGCUUCUGUUAGUGAGUAUAUAAUGGGACUGAAAUUAUGUUGUACUGCAAUGUGGCCAAGAAUGGAUAUGACUAUGAAGUUUAAAUACCGAGAAGCACAACUGCCAUAGUAGAUUGACCAGGCUCAGACUGAUGGUUGGAUUCAAAUCAUUAACUUAACACUACAUCACUACUUGAAGUUGUCUAUGAGGACUUCACUGCAGCUGCACUAAUAACCGUUCAGCAAAAUUAUUUUGCGCUUGCACAAGUUAACCUCAGACACUACUCUAAACCGCCAAAGAACGUGAAUAUAUCUGAAUAUGUCUCAGUCAAUUAGGAAGAGAAUCCUGGGUGCACCUUUCUUUUAAGACAUUAAGAUAUAAUAUUAACAUUGAGAUGUUAGGGCUAUCCUUGAUGAUUUACAGACUACAAUGUGGCAAAAAUUAGCAGUUUGAUUUUAUUUUAUUCCACUAUUUGGCUCAGUAAACUUUAUUGUUUAUAUGUCUUAUCCAAACAAACUUUUGUUUUGUGAAGGAUUCCUAUGUACAUAGUUAAUGUUAAUGUGCAUCUUUAAGUCACAUAAGUUUCAUUCUGUCCUAACUGGAACGUUUCUUAAAUGAAACACUGUGGCUUGUUAUUACAGUGUUAUCAAGAGGCACCUAUUUGUAUUCAUACAUUUCAUGUUCAGUAUGCCUUAUUGUACUUGCUAAACUUUGCUCAGCUAAUUAUCGUUGCCAAAGAUGGAAUUGAUGUCUUUGUAAACAUAAGAAUAUAAAUGUGCUGUGCCUAUUUUGAGGAAUGCCAUGCAGAAGUACGCUUGUUCCUUGCCUUACCAAAGCCCUUGUAUGAUACUACGUUCAUGGGAAUUUUUAAGCCCAUAAAUGGACAUUUCAAUAGAAGUAUGGUGAAAAUAAA